AUGUCGUCCUUUAACUUCAAAGACCAGACUGUCAUCAUCACAGGGAUUAGUCAUGGGUUCGGAACCGCAUAUGCAACUGAGUUUGCAAGACGUGGUGCGAAUCUCGUCGUGAAUGACACAUCGAAAGAGGCUGUCGAUACUUUAGUUGAGGAACUGCACCGUCUUGGAGCAAAUGCUAUUCCAAAUUAUGAUGAUAUCGGCGAAGGGGACAAGAUCGUUGAUACAGCGGUCUCCAAUUUCGGGACUGUCCACGUGUUGGUCAGCAAUAUGGGGACCAUUGGGCAUAAGAAUUUCGCCCUCCUGGGCAAUGAGGAGUGGUUGUCAAUGCUGAGAGUGGACUUAAAAGGAUCUUACAAGUGUGCAAAAGCCGUUUGGCCACACUUUCGAAAGCAACGAUAUGGACGGAUCCUUAACACAGCAUCGAUAAGUGACUCAUCUAGUCAAACGCUGAAUUAUACGGCGCUGUUCGCCCAGUUAGGCUUUACUGAAACACUUGCGAAAGAAGGCAUGAAGUACAAUAUCUUGGUCAAUGUCCUUUCGCCGGUUUCCGCCACAAUAUUUGAGCCACGAUGGGUGGUCCCAUUUACUAUGGUGUUGACGCACCGUUGGAACAAUGAAACCGGUUGCCUAUUUGAGGUGGGAAAUGGAUCGGUCCAGAAAUUGAGGUGGGAACGAACGAAGGGUGCUCUGCUCAAACCAGACUCGACCCUCACCCCGGAAGCCAUCUUGAAUAGAUGGAAAGACGUAAUCAACUUUACUAAUCCUGAUUAUCCUAAUGGUUCUGUGGAUCUUCAAAGCACGUUGGAGAGGACUCAAAAGUUGAUGCCCAGCGUCGGCGGUGACCGGAUAGAAUUCAAAGGCAAAGUGGUACUUGUUACUGGAGCUUCUUCAGGACUUGGUCGCUCGUACGCACUACAUCUAGCUACACGGGGCGCAUAUGUAGUAGUGAAUGACCGGGCUGACCCAACCCCGGUCGUUGAUCAGAUUCGACGUUCUGGUGGCACGGCAGUUGGUGUGAUGGCAUCCGUUGAAGAUGGAAAUGUCAUCGUUCAGGCGGCGAUCAACAGUUUCGGUCGCAUUGAUAUCCUUAUUAACAACGCCGGGUUCGUACGCGACAAAUCCUUCGUUAACAUGACAGACGAUCUCUGGGACUCGAUUAUUGCGGUACACCUCAAUGGUACUUAUCAAAUGACUAAAGCGAUCUGGCCUUAUUUUGUUCGACAGAAGUACGGAAGAAUUAUUAAUACCACCAGUACCAGUGGAAUAUAUGGCAAUUUUGGUCAGGCAAAUUAUGCCGCAGCCAAGCUAGGGAUUGUUGGCCUCUCCAACGCACUUGCACGCGAAGGAGCAGAGUUCAACAUUCACGUUAAUACUAUCGCUCCAGGUGCCAGUACCCCUGCGCUUGCUGCUGCUCUUGCUGGCAGCAGCAACGAUUACAAGCCGGAGUACGUGGCUUCAUUUGUGUCACUGAUUGCCUCUAAUAACAUGCCCGAACCACGGAGCAACGGUCUAUUCGAGGUGACAUGUGGGUGGCACGCACAAACAAGACUACAAAGAAGCCAGGGGUAUGACUUUAGUUGCGAUUUUCGCUUCUGCGGUGAUGCCGAACUUACUGCAGAAGCCGUUACAAAGGCUUGGAAGAUGGCGGUCAGCUUCGAGACGACGGGUAGUAAGGAUCCAGGGGAUAGCCAGGCGUUGCAUUCCGACGAAAAAACACGACUCAUGAUCCUUCAAAACAUUGACAGAGGAAAGAAAAUGCGGGGAAAGGGAACUGAAUUCAUCUACGGCAUAAAAGAUACCAUUAUUUAUAACCUUAGUGUUGGCGCCAAACGACGCGAUCUAUCUUUAAUAUACGAAAGGUCUGGAUCUCUUCACCCCUUACCUACAUUCGGUGUAAUCCCAUUUUUCAAUACUGCCCUCCCUUUUGAUAUCAGCGACAUUGUUCCAGGUUUCACACCACACAAAUUCCUUCACGGUGAGCACUACCUUGAGAUCCUAAAGCAUCCACUCCCAGCCUCCGGAAAGUUCAUCACGUAUCCGAAGCUGGUGGAUGUCUUGGACAAAGGUACUGCGGCCAUCGUUGUCAUUGGCUACACCACGGUCGAUACUCGUACUGGUGACAAGGUUCUUUACAACCGAACCUCCCUUUUUGUCCGAAAUGUGGGCAGCUUCGGCAACAGAAGUCUCGCAAGCGCAAAUGACAAACGUCCCGGAGAUAGCCCCUUACACCCACCAGAACGAGACCCGGAUGCCAACGGAACUGAAAUAACAUCUCAAGAACAGGCGGCCUGGUACCGGCUCACCGGUGACAAAAACCCGAUGCACAUCGACCCGGCCGUGAGCCGGCGCGGUGGCUUCGACAUCCCCAUCCUCCACGGAUUGUGCACAUUCGGUAUCUCAGGUCGGCACAUUUAUCAAUGCUAUGGGCCAUUCAACAAGAUCAGUGCACGAUUCACGGGAACGGUCCUCCCGGGACAGACACUCCGGACGGAAAUGUGGAAGGAAAAGGGGAGUAAUGUGAUUAUCUGGCAGACCAGAGUCAUGGAGACUGGAAAGCUUUGUAUUCAACGAGCCACUGCUGAGCUCUUGGUUGAAGACCAUAGUUCCAUUUAUAAGCUAUGA